GAAGUGCCCCGUCACCCUGCGGAGCGAGAGCGCCGCAAAGCAAGGCCCUGCUCCCGAGGAGCCCAAGGUGGAUACGAAGCUUGCGGCAGAGGCAGACCCUCAGCUGACCGCACAGAAAGCUGCAGAGAUCGCGUACAGCAAGAAACAGGAGAAG